AUGUCAGUAAUAUGGGAAUCUGCAGUCAUUAUGUAUGUGGUGGGGGAUAGACCGUCGAUUGGGGCUGUUAUUAGGUUUGUUGAGAAGGAUUGGAAUAUUGUUUCAAAACCCCAGGUGCUGCUUCACGAGGAGGGCUAUUUUGUUAUCAAAUUUGCCUCUAAGAAAGAAAGGGACUCAAUCUUGAUGGCUGGACCUCAUUCUUUCUUUGGUAAACCAGUAAUUGUUAAGCCCUGGUCACCAGAGUUUAAUUUUCAGGCUGAAGUGUUAAGAGUUGUGCCAAUUUGGGUCAGAUUCCCUAAUCUUCCUUUAAACUGUUGGGGACCUGGAUCUUUGAGUAGAAUAGGAAGUUUGCUUGGUGUGCCUCUCUUUGCUGAUGAGUGUACCACUUGUCAGCAGAGAAUUUCUUUUGCUCGAAUACUUAUUGAAAUAGAUGUCACAAAGAGCUUGCCUAGAAAUUUCAUGCUAAAGGAUCCAACUGGUAAGACCUUCAAGCAACAAGUAGACUAUGAUUGGUUGCCACCAUUCUGCCCUACUUGCAAGAUGAUAGGACAUGUUUGUGGCAAAGAUAAGAAGAACACUACCAGACUUGUUCCUGCUGCUCAUGCUCAGAAGAAGGUGCAAAAAGUUUGGGUUCCAAAGCAGGUGGUUGUUGUUGAAGAACCUAAGCAGGCUAGUGAGUCUGUGAAUGUCAUGGUGGAAGAUGAGACUAGUAAUGAGAUGGAUACUUCUAUGGACUCAGUCAUUACUCCAAAAGCUCCUAUUCAAGAUGAUGGAUGGAGGGUAGUAUCAAGAAGAAGAAAGGUGACUAGCAGUCCUGUGCAUAACACUGGUUUGGCUCAGGUUGGAUAUGCUGGUGAAGAUGGUGGUGAAAUAGGGGCUCCUUCACAUAUUCCACCAUGA